AUGCCGGUCUCAUCCUUAUAGAAUCUAUAGACUAUUAGAGCUCAAAGGGACCGUGGAAAUUUAACCCAGGCUCAUUUUAUAGAUCAGGAAAUAGGCCCAGAGAGGGGACAUGCCUACCCUAGGAUCACAUAGCUAGCUGGAGUCUGAGGCAGAAUAGAACCCAGGGUCUAAUAGAUUUCAGUCACAUACCUGUCCAUGGUAGUGGCACUAUCUCUUCCCUACCUCUUCCCUUUCAGCCUUCUUACUAUCCCAGAGUGGCAUCAGCCACCCCACAAAGAAAAAUAAUGACAUAAGCAAGGUGUGGAGGUGAUCUUGAUCACUUAUUAAUGUUCUUCAGCAAGAAGCAGAAAUUAAUAUUCCUUCUUCUAGAGAUCAUCAAAGAGGUUGGUAUUGUGCACACUAUUCCAAACUCCUGUUUCAAAUAGAACAGGAUGAGGAACCUAGUUCAAGUUCCCCUCAUCUUGUCUCUCUAGUCUUUCUUGGUCUGUGAUGCCCUACUCCAGUGUUAUUCAAUAAUAAUUUAAACAUUUGAGGCAAGAGGAAGAAUCAGCCAGGUCUGCACAGGAGUGGAAGUAGACCCCAUGGCUCCAGGAGACAUUCAGUAACCUGUCCUUUUUCUCCCCCUUGCUCCUUCCUUCUAUUCCUGCCUUUGUUUAUAGGGAAUGGCCCAGUCAGCCCUAGAGAUUCUGUUAGCUUUUUUCUCAAUGUCCCGGGUCCUGGUGGUCAUAGGAUCAUAGAUGUCCAGCUGGGAAGAAAGUUUUCAAAAGCUAACUAGUUUAACCAUCUCAUUUUAUAAAAGAGGAAUCUUAGGCCCAAGACCAUACAGAUCAUAAACAUCAAGAGACAGGAUUUGAAUCCAGAUCCCCUGACUCCAAAGACAAUACUUUUUGUAGUUCAUGGAAAUAUUUACCCUAAUUGCUUAUAUAUUUUGAAAAUGAGUCAGGAGGAGAAAGAAACUGUCCUUUAAGGCAGUAGGGGUCACUAGGGGGCUGGGGAGGACCCAAGUGACUUUCUCUGCAAUAAGAAUAGUGCCAAAGUGUCAUUAUGUCUAUCACACAUUAUGUCCACUAAGAUAGUAGUUCAAGAAUGGAAAAUGUUCAUUUGUGUAUUAAUUUGCAUGUAAUGGUACUAUUAUUUCUCAGUGUCAGAAUGAAUAGGAACCUCCUGGAUCUUUCCUCUGGUUUCAGCCCAUGCCCUCCUGCAAUGAAUCCCCCAAUUCCUAGCCCCUAACUGUUUUCUCAUUGUUUCUAGCCUCCAAUCCUUCACUCCUCAUUGUCCUUUACACCUAUUGUUCUAUGGCAUGAUUCCAACUGGAAAAACUUGAGAUUGGGCAUCGUUUUUGUGGACCCAGCCUGGCCUCAGGUUGAUCCCAAGUUUGUACUUCCCAAGGCUUUUCUGCUCUCCCCAAUACCUUUCUUUCCAGGUAAAGCACCAUUUCCUGAAGGCUCCCAAGGCCUCUCCCCCUUGUUUGUUCUUUGUUAGUCAGUCCCACUUACUUCUGGGUACAGUUCUCCUGGUAUUCUCCUCCCACAAAGACUACACAGAGGACAGCCCAAGGCAGCCAUGGCUUGGCUCCCUGAAUUCCUAGUGUUUUGGACAAUGCUGACCCUCAUCUACCUGAUCGCCCCAGGAUGCCCUGUGGAAGUGAAAGUACCAAUUGAACCCCUGAGCAAACCUGCUGGUGAAGCUGCAGAGCUGACUUGUAGCUAUUACACAUCGGUGGGAGAAAACUUUGCACUGGAAUGGAGUUUUGUCCAGCCUGGUAAUCCCAUCUCUUCAGCUGAGACUAUCCUCUAUUUCACAAAUAAGGAGCUAUAUCUGACGGGUCCCCAGGCAAAGAGGGCUACUCUGCUGCAGAAUCCCCCCACAGGAGGGGUAGCAACACUCCGACUGACAGAUAUUCGAUCUUCAGACACUGGAACCUACCUCUGCCAGGUCAACAAUCCACCAGACUUCAAGUAUAAUGGCCUGGGGCUGGUCAAUCUCACGGUGCUGGUACCCCCAACAAAGCCCACAUGUGGACAGAGUGGGCAGAUCUCAGUAGGAGGGGGUGCUGCAUUGAGCUGCAGUUCUUCAGGGGGUGCCCCCCGUCCUGUUUACACCUGGGUUCGGUUGGGGUCUGCUCCUACACCAGCUCCUGGCAGCAUGGUACAAGAUGAAGUCUCUGGUCGGCUCAUCCUCACCAACCUUUCUCUCACUUCCUCUGGAGUCUAUCGGUGUGUGGCUGCCAAUCAGUUAGGCAGUUCUUUCUGUGAACUGACCCUUGCAGUGGCUGACCCUUCCAAAGGUCGGGUUGCAGGGGCCGUAAUAGGUGUCCUCCUGGGCUUGCUGUUCUUGGUGGUAGGUGUAUUUUGCCUACUGAAGUUCCAGAAGCAGAGGAGUAAGAAGCCAAAGGAGAUGUAUGGGGGCAAUGACCUUAGAGAGGAUGCCAUGGCCCCAGGGGUUUAUGACUCACCUCCCCAAAGAGGCAAUUCAGAUGUUGUGCUACUGGAGAGGUCCCCUUCUGCCAGCACUGUGACCACCACCAAAUCCAAACUCCCUAUGGUUGUUUGACAACCUUACAUGCUCUACUGCUUCUAUCCCCAGGGACUUGGACUUAUAAUUAAAAUCCUAGUUUUCAGGAACUA